UCCUCGCGGGCUGCUUACGGUGCAGCGUGGGCAGAGGGGCAGGAGCGGGCCGGGCUGUCGCCAUGGCUGGGAGUCAGGACAUGUUUGAUGCCAUCGUGAUGGCGGAUGAGAGAUUCCAUGGGGAAGGAUAUCAGGAGGGCUAUGAAGAAGGCAGCAGUUUGGGUAGAAUUGAAGGAAGACAAUAUGGCGCAUUACAUGGAGCCAAAAUUGGAUCUGAGAUCGGGUGCUAUCAAGGUUUUGCUCUUGCAUGGAAGAGUCUCUUGCAUGGUAGUGCCGGUGAGAAAGACAGCAGGAAGAUGAAGGUCUUGGAGUCAUUGAUUGGGAUGAUUGAGAAAUUCCCCUAUGACGACCCCACGUACGAUAGACUGCAUGAAGACCUUGACAGCAUUAGAGGGAAAUUUAAACAGCUUUGUUCACUACUCAAUGUGCAGCCGGACUUUAAAGUUACUGCAGAAGGUGCUGGACUUUCAUUUUGAGGAUGACAGCUGAACAAAGAAACAUCAGGGAACAGAUGUCUGCAUAUUAAGUGAUCAAAGAUGUGACUAGAGGCAAAACAAUGAGGGUACGUGCUGUUCUGUAGGGAGGGUCCCAGGGUGGCCUUCUUCCCUGGAGGUUUUCUGCUGGGUCACUGGGGUGGUCCACGCCUCUCCACCUGGACCUGCCCCUUGCCAGGCCUGCCCCCCACAGACAGGAUUGACAUGAAAUAGGGUUUGGGAAGUCAUGAUGGGUCCUUGCACAUCUGUUGAGCCUUCUCUGCAGCAGGCACUGUGCUGUGGCCUGCUUGAUUUCAUCCCUUUGAAAGCUGGGGAGGUGGGUGCUGCUCCCAUGGACCAGAGGAGGAGACAAACUCACAGGGAUUGCCCGGUCCAAGGUGUCCAGCAGCAGAGCUAGGGCUCCCCCCAUGCCCACAUCCCACAGUACUGCUUAUGCAGCGCUAGCAUAGCUGUGAUCCUGCCCUCCACUGCAGGUGGCCUGGGUUCCUGCUGUCUGUCACGGAGCCCUGAGGGUCUGCUGGGUUCAGUUUGGACAUUGGCUGAGAGUAAGAGAGCCCAGUUUGGUCCUGAGGGAGCCUGGGUAAGCCCUUUAGUCUGUCUUCAAAUGAGGGCCAAGCUGUGCAGCACUAAGAGCCCAGUAAGGGGAAAUACCGCAACCCAUAGACUAGGUGGUAGGCUGCACUGCAUGUGCAGAAGCUGUGGGGCCUCAGCUUUGAGAGGUGGUCUUCCAGUGGGAGCUCUUCUGUCUGUCUCCGUUGGUACCUGAAGGUGUCACACGUGCUGAGCGACUUAGUGGACCGAUGGGAUGGCAUGGGAUGCUGAUUCAUUGUCCCUCGGGCAUCUCCAGGGUUGAAAUAGACUGGCCGCCCCCACUUCCUGUUCGGCAGUGUCUGACUGCUGCAGCGAGAUGAUGGGGUCACCAUGAUGCAUGCCAGUUUUGUUUGCUUUUGACACAGAGUCUGACUGUGUAGCCCAGGCUGGCCUGGACCUCGUAAUCCUUCUGCCUCAGGCUCCCUAGUACGGGGAUUACAGAUGCACACCUGCAAUGCAACAGGGUUUUAUUGUUGGUACUGGAUAAGCAGGUGUGUCACCAUUUGCACCAUGUCCCCAGCCUGUGGACAGCAGUUUUGAACAUUGCUCCCGAACAUCUUGAUCGAGUGGGCUACUGGCAGGCCAUGUGGCAGUCCGUCCGUCUGUCCACCACCUGCCUGCUAGAAGCCAUGAGGACCACACCUUCUCCCUCACAGGGGCGCCUGGUGAUGGGCUGGGAGAAGGCAUCGGGCUGUGAACUCGUCUGCAGGUUGAGGAAGGCUGCUCCACUGCUGCCUCCAGUGCCUGCAUUGGAAGAAUGCUUUCCUUGGUGGAUUCUUGCAUUUUCUAAGUUAUAAGUUACCAGGUUUGAUAAUGUGUUAUUUUUCUA